AUGGGCGGAGUCUUGGCUCUCCUCGUCGUCUUCUUCUUUUCUGAUUCACUACCACCGACUCCGCCCAUUUUCUGCUCGUUUUCCGUCUUCGAAUUCUUUUGUGAAUUGACACCCACUGAUGGACGUAAGAUGAAGAAACUGCCUUCUUUAUUUCUUAUUCUGGUUUCUUUAAUUCGGUCGAUUGAAUCUUUAAAAUGUUACUCAUGCGCUUCAUUCGAAUAUCGAGUUCUCUUCGAUAAGGAUACUUCGCUAUCUAGGAAAGUCAGAGUUCCAAAGUUCGACAGACUAUGUGAUCUGGAGGAGAUGGUUCAGGGGUUCGCUCCAGUUGAAACGUGUCAUUCAACAUGUGUCACGAUAUUCGAACCACAAUAUUUCGGUGGUCUGCAAUCCCUUCAACGUCCUUUCCUAUAUAUUAGAGGAUGCGCCGAUCACAUAUUUUCUGAAAUGAAGGAUCGUCCAAUCGAAGUCGAGUUCCUUCAUAGAUCUCCAAUUUGUGUCAAACUUCAAUUAUCUCAAAUAUAUCCACAAGUUCAAGCAAACGAGAUUGUUCAAGAGUCAGAGUACACGAUCAGCUCCAUUGGUCCGGAAAGUAUUCAUUCACGGAAUUCCCUGGUGAGAACCACCGAUUUUAUUAACGGCCAACGGUGA